UGUGUGUGUGUGUGUGUGUGUGUGUGUGUGUGUGUGUGUGUGGGAGGGAGUGAGACUGAGAUUGACUGUCUUAAUUCCAUCUCUGCUAACACUUUCCCUAACACGUCCCUAAUCCGACCGGCUGGUUAAAAGGUGCCGCACCUCUUCAGGGGGCUCCAGAGAAAGUCUUACUUACUGCAAGAUCCAUCCCUCCAGCCGUCCUCUCACCCCCAUUUGCACUACAGCUGCGAGACAAGACUCCCUCACAGUAUUUUAUUCUGAGGAGAGACCUUUUUAUUCAGUGUCAAGGUCUCAGAGGAAGAAAAAGAAGAAAAAAAACCCUAUCACCCACCGCAGCCAUGAAUGGCACAGAAGGACCCAACUUUUAUGUCCCCAUGUCUAACAAGACUGGGGUAGUUCGGAGCCCGUUUGAGUACCCGCAGUACUACCUGGCCGAGCCCUGGAAGUACUCUCUCGUCGCUGCGUACAUGCUGUUCCUCAUCAUCACCGCACUCCCAAUCAACUCCCUCACCCUCUAUGUCACUGUCAAGCACAAAAAGCUGAGGACGCCGCUGAACUUCGUGCUGCUCAACCUGGCAGUGGCCGACCUCUUUAUGGUCAUCGGGGGCUUCACGGUCACCCUCUACACAGCCCUGCAUGCCUACUUUGUCUUAGGGGAGAUCGGCUGCAACAUCGAAGGCUUCUUUGCCACCUUAGGAGGAGAGAUUGCUCUCUGGUCUCUGGUGGUUUUGGCUAUUGAGCGCUACAUUGUGGUCUGCAAGCCAAUGACCAACUUCCGCUUCGGGGAGAAACACGCAAUCUUUGGGCUGGCGUUCACAUGGAUCAUGGCCCUCACCUGUGCCGCUCCCCCUCUCCUCGGAUGGUCCCGGUACAUCCCAGAGGGAAUGCAGUGUUCCUGCGGGAUUGACUACUACACUCCCAAGCCCGAGAUCCACAACACCUCGUUUGUCAUCUAUAUGUUUGUCCUCCAUUUCUGCAUCCCCCUCUUCAUCAUCUUCUUCUGCUACAGUCGCCUGCUCUGCACCGUGCGAGCGGCUGCAGCCCAGCAGCAGGAGUCUGAAACCACCCAGAGAGCGGAGAGAGAGGUCACACGCAUGGUGAUCGUCAUGGUGAUCUCCUUCCUGGUGUGCUGGGUGCCGUACGCCACUGUGGCAUGGUACAUCUUCGCCAAUCAGGGCACUGAGUUUGGACCAGUCUUCAUGACCGCUCCGGCCUUCUUCGCCAAGAGUGCUGCUCUCUACAAUCCAAUCAUCUACAUCCUGCUAAACAGACAGUUCAGAAACUGCAUGCUCACCACGGUGUGCUGUGGGAGAAACCCCUUUGGAGAUGACGAGGCCGCCGCCGCCGUAUCCAAAACUCAGACCUCAUCCGUCUCCUCCAGCCAGGUGGCCCCCGCUUGACCUGCACCCCCCUUCCUCAUCUCCCCUUCCAAUGUCCCAUCUGUUCCCGCACACCUCGGGACCCACCACCGCCAAGCAGCACUACGUUCUAUUGGCCAGUCCUCUUGACUUACCUCUCCAUGUGUCUUCACUGUCGUGGCACAACUGCACCUUUGGUGGGACUGACAUAGUCGAGAGCCAGCAUGUGUACUUUCAAUCCAUUUAAUCAUGGAAAGUGUUCAGCUGGCUUCACAGAGUUUAACCCGGCACCAAGGGGGUGUUGUCCGUGUGAUGAUCCAACUGAACACAUUCCAACUCCCCACCACCCCAAACACAUGAUAGGUGAAAUACUCAUCCAAGCAAAACACAGUGCGUGAUCCACAUCAACUCUUGUUUAAGUAAUCGUUGCAGCUAUUUGUCCCCAAAAUGCGCUUCAAACCAUUCUUUUUAUGAAUACUUAGGCGAGAUUAGUGAUGAAUAUUAUUAAUUAGAUGAGAUUUUAAGAUGGGGCUGUGGUCUGUCUGUCUGGUUGUUUUCUUUUGGCAUCAACUGAGACAUGAGUGUAAACAGAUGGACCUGAAAAGAGCCUCUGCAGGGAGAAGGCGCCUCCUGCAAGAGAGUGGAUGUGUGUUUUUGCGCGUGUUUGAUGUCUGAAUGGAUGUCUGAAUGUGAACGUAUGUGCACUAAAGAGAUAUUAUUUUGUCCGCUGUGUAAAGCUAGGAUCUUGUGGAAGUUGUUCUGUGUCCUGCAAUAAAAACAAAGCUAAAUAUC